AAAUUUAGGCAAUCUAUACUUUUCAAACUAGAGGAGAGUUCGGCCAAUAUUUUGUUUAUUUAACUAUUUUUUGAAGUAACUAUAAUACGAAAUUAAGCAUUAAUCGUGAAUAUCUGUACACACACUUAAUAGAUUUUGCUAUAAAUAUAUCACUUAAUUUCUAAUAAUUAUUAUUAUUAAACUAAAUUUAGAAAACCAAUAAUUGUGGAAAAGAGGCACGUGGAAUUCGACUUGAUUUCUGCGACAUUUCUUCAAACAGUUGACAAGCUCUACAGAGCAAAGCAGCUGAAGCCUGACAAUGGAGAUUUGCGCUGUCAGAGGGGGCUGCCCCAGCGACUAUGUCGCCGUCUCAAUCGCUAUACUCUCCGUUAUCCUGCUUCUUGUACAGGCUGGUUUUCCCUAUGUAAUUCACAAGAUCCCGAGACCUAAAGGCAGCGGCUUCUGGCUUGUUGCAAUACAAGUUAUUGCCAGCUUCAACCUUUUAUUGUCGAUUGUGAUGGCCCUUGGUUUUUUGAGGUUCAGAAGGAAGCAUUGGUGGAGUUCUUGCUAUAUAUGGGCUGUUUGGUUCGAAGGUCCAUUAGGAUUUGGCUUGCUGUUGAGCUGCCGUAUUGUACAAGCAUUUCAACUGUAUAACUUAUUUGUUAAGAGACGUUUGCCACCCAUCCGGUCAUUUAUAUUUCUUACACUGGUUCUCUUGCCUUGGAUUGUGGGUUCGGCGAUUCUUCACUUGAACAAGCCCCUAAACCACCGUUGCCACAUGAAAACUCUGUGGAUCAUCCCAGUUAUUUCUGUUCACGCUCUGUAUAUUGCUGCUUUGGUUGGAUUCACUGGAGCAGUUCAACAUAUUGAGUUUAGAUUCCAUGAACUCAAGGACCUCUGGCGAGGAAUUCUAGUCUCGGCUUGUUGCAUCGGAAUAUGGGUGGUCGCUUACAUUCUGAAUGAGAUUCAUGAAGAUAGUCCAUUGGUCCAAAUCAUUUCAAGAUCUGUAUUACUAAUCAUGACAAGUAUUCUUCUAUUGGCAUUCUUCUCUAUGUCAAUAUCACAACCACUUGCCUCACUUUUGAGCUCGACGAAAAAGGACCAGCAGGAUUACACCAUGAUGGGCCGGGCCCUCGGCAUUCCUGAUAGCGGGCUUUUAGUACAACAGGAAUCAACACAGUCGAUAGAUCCUAACGAACCUUUGGAUAAGCUUCUUACUGACAGAAGAUUCCGCCAGUCAUUUGUUGAAUUUGCAGAUAGCUGUUUGGCGGGGGAAAGUGUCCAUUUCUACGAGGAGCUGCUGCAGCUCGACAAAAUCCCAGUUGACGAUCAUGUCAGAAGAAUCUAUAUGGCACGUCAUAUUAUUGACACGUACAUCACUCCUGGUGCAACAAUGGAGGUGAACAUAUCUCAUCGUUGCAGGCAAGAAAUCCUAUCCACUCCCGAUUUGGCACACCCGGAGCUCUUCAAAAACGCAUUGAAUGAGUUGAUUCAGUUGAUGAAAAUGAAUUUGGCGAAUGAUUAUUGGUCAUCUACGUUCUUCAUGAAACUGAAAGAAGAGGCGAUGAUGAAAACAGCCGACUAUGAGCUAGAACAGAGCAGUUGGAACUACUCACAUCGGCUGAGCUCUGUUCAUUGUGCCGAUGACCCUUUCCACCAAGAACACAGUCCUAGCAAGUUGAGUUCGAGUAGCCAUGAAGUAGAGCUGCAGUGACAUCGGCCUCCCCAAAUCACACACAAAAAACGAACACUUUCUAGGUCCGGAACGAGAUGAGUAGCAGCUAACACGACGUGGCAGGAAUUGGAGACCGGGGCGUUUGUGCAGCCAUAUUCGAGAUCGAUGCUCUGCUUCUCCCUUACUUGAUCAUCUGCUAAAUUUUGGUGUUCAAUUAUAAAUGAACUGCCACGAUUUUAGCAGCAUUUUGUUGGAGAUUAAUGUUUUGUGUAUUUGUUAGGCAUUUUAUAGAAGAAAAAGGGAAAAAGAAAAGAGUUAGUGUUGCUAGAUUUCUAGGUUUGAAGCUUCUUUAUGUAACUUUAUGUAAAUCGAUAAGACUUAUCAGGAAAUGAUCAUUUACACACUUGGUUUAUCAA